AUGGCGAAGUAUACUGCUGAAUGGCAAAAAGGAUUUAAGGACUUCAUUCAGUAUACCUUUGGAGGCACAUCUAAAGAAGAAACUGCUCCAUGUCCAUGUACUCGUUGCCGUUGCAUGUCCUACAAAAAUCAAAAAGAUGUUCGAUGUCAUUUGGUACUUAGAGGGUUCGAUGAAAGUUUCAUCGAAGAAAGUAAUGCUGAAGAUUUAGUUGCAUGUCCUCAGGAGGAUAACCCUGCUGAAGGAGAAUAUGAUGAUGGCGAAACAGGUGAUGCGCCUGCUAGCAAAAAACUGAUUUCUACACUAAUUAGAGGAGCUAUACAUGGUGAACUCAUAGGAAGUGGAGAUGAAGAGCCAAAUGAGAGUGCAAAUAAUUUUUUUUUAAGUUAUUAA